GUUAUUCAGAUGCAGCUAUCAUCGGUUUAUCAGUGUACGAGGCUGUGGAAUCUGUAGAGGUGUAUCUGUAGUAUCAUCAUCGCAGUCGCUCAUCUUCGCGUCGUCGGUAUGCAGUCGACCCACUUGCCGCAACAUCGCCUCGAUUCCCCUAACCUAACCUAACCUAACCUAACCUAACCUAACCGCCGUCGAUCCCUGACUUUGGUACAGUCGCCUCCUCGACAACAUCGACUCAAUUUGAUUGGCUUAGCUCCUUUGUCUUCCUGAUUGGUGAGAACCUUCACAACGAGAAAAAAAUGCUGAUUGGCUUCUCGACACAUGUAGCAGUAUAAAUGGCACAGAGAUUAGCAGACUUCAUUGGCUCUUAUCAAAGUGCUACACAAACUUCGUAGUAUGAUUGUUUAAAGUAGACGUCUAGGAGGCAUGGUGAACAGCAGAAGACUAUAGUCUCAUCUUGUUACGAAUAGGAUGAUGUCGUCCUCGAGGUCGCAUCAACAUCCGCCUUCAUCAUAAAAUGAGCCUGAACGAAUAGAUUCGCAUCAUAACCUGAACGAAUAGACUUCCUCGCGUCAUAACCUGAACGAAAAGAUUCGCAUUUAGAAGAGAUUACAAAGAUGUCUUCGCGGCCGUUGAUUGUGCCUGACGAUGAUACUCCCGCAGGAGUAGACGAAGAGGUGCAACUAGUAGAAGAAGGUGGCAUUCUUGAUGCGGAUGAAUCGUCAACGCUCCUGGGAUCACAACACCCAACUACUAGUGGUGACGCAGAUCCUCCUAACGAUGAAGAAGAUGGAGCCGAAGGUGAAACGGCUCAAUCACUCCACCAUAAUAUGGAACACCUUCAAGGACAGGCAUUCCAAGGCAUAUCAUUAUCGAGGGAAAUAUCGAAGGAGUAUACUCUCGAAGGAGAGGAGCAUACUUUCGAAGGAGAUCAACAUGAAAAUGUAGACAGUUUCUCGAACUUUAUACGAGGACAAGGUGCUCGUGCUAGGGGAGGAGAAGGCGAAGCAAUAGUUGUAGGAGGUCCUCGCGAAGAAGGCGAAGCAAGACGUCCUCGACAAUUAAGGGAUCUACUGCUCACGACAUCAGUUGGAAUUCAUCUCUACAAGAAAAUAAGCUUUCUCAAUCUGCUUCUCGCAAGAUUCAAACUGUAGUUAUAAUUUGGAAGAAGUCAAGUAGGGUAUAGUCCCUCUGCUUGAGAUUGAGAAGAAUCUAGCUAACGUUACGUCGUAACGAGAAGAUGAAUUCUUGCGAAAGUCGUGACCUCUUCUAAGACACAGGAGCGAAAGAACUGCUACUAGCAGUAAAAGAGGAACAAGUACUAGGACGAUGAAAGACCACUCUAAAGCUGCUUCUUCUUCGAGUAGUCCUGGUAAAAGCAGUUCUAGUGCUGGUAAAAGUUCUAGUAGCAAAUCUUCCUCCUCUAGAAGUAAAGCCUCUUCUUCUUCUCCGAGAACGGGCUCCGACGCAAGCGAGUUAAGGUUUUGAAGAUGUUGCCCUAGAAGUAGCCCAACACCUCAAGAAUAGGUACAAUCAUCAUCAUCAGAUUGAGUAUUUCACGGUUUAGUACGUUACUGUAUGCUCAUCGGGGUAUCCCUUUGGGCCUGGUCUCGAUCUGUAUUUCCCAGCUGGGCUAAUAUGGGAGUCGUCCUCGUAGAUGGCUGCCAUUUGGUCCCUACGGUUACUUAAAAAAAAAAAAAAACGGUGAUAGAUCACGAAGGAUCAUAACAGAGGCGCACGCAUGACAUAGUUCGAUCCAGAAAUUAUCACCUGAUGUGGUUCUUGUCUCAGGUAGGUGCUGUAACUGUAAGUGGUGGAAGUAGUGGACGAGUAAGUAGUACUAUUAAGGCAGGCGACGUCCCAGCACACACGCAGCUUCUAUCUUUGAAAUACUGUCAGACCCUGUGUUUACUGUCUCUACAGCCAACAUCGUGAACGAUGGCAACAGGGACUACAGCACGCAUUCCUCUAACCCUGACCGAAGAAGCUGAACAAGGUGCGUUUGAUGAACAAGGUGUGGCCGCGUUUGAUGAACAAGGUGCAGCGCUUCAUCAAAAUGAGCAUCCCGCACGAUUUGCCAGAGUGCCGCAGCCUGAAGGUGAGAGCCCGUCACUACAACCGGAGUUAUGUGCUGUCAAAUUUCUCCAGGUUAUUUGUCCUCUCAUGCUGUGAACUACAUUUCUAGAAGUUUAAAUUUGUCAUCUACCAUGUGGAUGUUGUAGUUUUGUCUAUUUUUAGAGGUCGUACUAGUUUUGUCCAUUUUUACAAAAGACCACUGACUCUAAGGAUAGGUGAAGUGAUUGUUCCACCUAUUGCUGAAGGAGAGGCCUUUGGACGCCAGCCCGUUGCCGAAGGAGAAUUGUUGCGGCUGGAUGACUAUUCUUUCUCUAUUUAGGUAGUCCUAUUUAAUACAAGUGGAUCCCUCUUUUACUUUUUGAUGAUGAGAAUCAUCAAUCUUCUUUGUUUUUAACUGGUUCUUGAGUACUCGAAAACUCAAAAUAAGCGAGUUACUGACUGAAAUAAGGAAGGUAGCUUAACAUCAAGGCUACUCGUCUUCCUUCUCAUCAGUAUCUCCCUUAUUUUCAGUAGUUACUACUUGCUUAUUUCAGUUUUUCGAGUAGCUAAUUACACACGACAUGACAAUCUAUCAGGUGAUUGAUGGUCGUACAGAGAAAUAUUUAUUUGUUUUAUCAUCUAUAAGAAGAUGGAGUAGACAGUAUUAUAGUACCUCGUCUGAAGAUGGUAGAAAUUGCUAUUUGAUGUUGUAUCUAGUAUAGGUAGAAUGCCUCUACCUCUAAGUCGGGGUAUAUUUCAGUCGAUGCUGAAUCAAAGUCAGGGGAGGCGUACGUGGGGCCGAAGUAGUAGCAAGAAGAAAGAAGAGCCGCCGCCGAAGAAAAGUGACAAAAAGAAGCAAAGCAAAUCUUCCAAGAAAGACGAUAAUUAAGGCUCAUGGUAGUUAUUUGCUUUAUUCCCCCAGGAUAAUAAUAGAUACUAUUAUUAUCGAAGCGCCUAGUUAGUUUUGCCUUCAUAUCCUAUUCCUCCAGGAUAAUAAUAGAAGCGCCUAGUUAGUUUUGCCUUCAUAUCCUAUUCCUCCAGGAUAAUAAUAGAAGCAAAAGGUAGAGCAAGAGUACUCACUUCUCCAUGAUGUUGGGUUUGCUUCCUCCUGCCUAAACCUUAAAUAUGAUAACUCAUGAUAAUAUUCGUUAUCUCGUCCGUUCUUCUUCAGAACAAAGUAUUAAACUUAUAUGGUCUCAGUUAAUAUAAGUCUCCUCCUCGAAAAAUAAUUUUUAUGAGCGCUAAGGCAAGAAGAGUAAGAAGGAGAAGCAUUCCAGCCGUCACGACAAGAAAAGCAAGAAAAAGAGAGUGUCAUCGUCGGAGCAAUCGUCGGAGGUUAUGGCCUGUUGAUGUUUCCUUGUAGUUGCUACGUGGUUCAUUCUGGGGGGCCAGCACACGUAAAAUAGAAAUAGAUGCUUUUUCGAAGUGCUGCAAGAAUUCUACUUGGAAGAUUGCAAACAAUUUGCAAGAAUUCUAAUUCGAAGUACCAGACUACAGAUUCACUUCUACAGUGUCUUUAUCUGCUACUUGAUAGUUUUGUAGUGCUCUACUGAUUUAUGCACCUAUAGAUAUAAGUAUGUGGAACUACAACUAUACUUCCUCAACUGAAUUGUAGAUAGUGCUCUAAUAUAUGUGGAGGAAGUGUGUGGCGUGGGGAUUCGUUUGCGGAGGAGGAGGAGCCUCCGCGUCGUCAACCAAGCCAAAGGGGCUAUCCCUCCGAGGGUGGAGCUCGCGGGGCGCCUAUUGUUGUCCGACAUACAACAUCGGUGGAGGAAUUAAGGCUCAAAACUUAUAGCACAUAAAGAAAAGUAACCGGUUAACUUUCCCUCAUAUCCUAGGUUUUAUCCCAACACGCGAAACAUUUCACACAUGUCGACUAAAUCGGGCUGUCUCUUUUUUGUAAGACUGAACUACACGUAGCGUGACUAAUAAUCCUAGUCCUACGCGUCUCAAUAUUUCUACAAUAACCAUUUCUCCCUAUUAAUUUCCUUCUUAGGAUUCUUGAGCGAAAUGUAGGCAAGGGAAACGAAUCGGUUUGAUGCAUGUUUUGAGCUUCUCUAAUGGUGGAGGUAGUCCAACCUAAGAAAAAGUCUGCGACAGAUUCUGUAGGGGAAUGGGCCAGCAAGAACGAGAAAGAUUAAGGCCUCACUUAAUCCAUCUUUUGCCGCGUCUGUCAGCUGUUUUUAAGAAUUUCUUCUUAAAACGGAAGCAGAUGAGGGAACAAAAGGUGGACUUCUGUAGCGAGUUCUAAAAAGGGGAAAAGGAUGCUUCUGGAGGUCCCGGAGGCCCCGUCCUGCCGCUCAAUCUCGCAAUGGACGAGCGCGACCCCUUUCGAGAUCCGUGCAUUAUAGUUAAGGGUCGUUUAGUUUAAGUAGAACUGUGGGAACUCCGCUUGGAGUAUUUAGCAGGUUGUGGAGAGACAUCAGACUGUUCUAGAGGUACUUUGGAGAUCAUAUUUGAUUUGAAUUAUUUAGCAGGUUCUAGGAAAGAUAGGUACAGGUUCAUAGUGAAUAAGUAGGGUUGUUCUUUCGAUAUGAAGAUGCACGGAUGUUGAUUGAUAGAUACUUGCUAGCUGGAGAGACUACAGAUUGAUAGUUUUAAUACGGGUUGGAUUUUUUAUUUAGAAACAUAAUCCUAAGCCUAACGGAUGGAUAAUUUAGCUACUUUGAAGCUUUCUCCUUCUCUAAGAUAAUCAUCGGAACUGGCCAAGUGUACGAGGACGUAGUGGAGUAUCCAGAGGAUCGCGGGGGUUACUACGG